GUUAUGGUAACUAUUGUGUUCUGUGGUUCAAUAUUUCUAAUAAUAAAUUUCUAUUACCUAGAAACGUGUUGAGAAAUUUUAAAUUGAAUUCUUGAAAAUAAUAUACCAUGGAUGAAAUUAAGGAAUCUAACAAAGGAAAUAAGAUAGAUUUUGACUAUAUACUUAAACACUGUGAUCAAAGUAAUCAUAACAUACCAUAUUCUUUUGAUAAAAUUGUAUGGAAAAUUGGCGAAACAUAUAAAAUUCGCAUUGGUAAUAUCUACGACCCGUCCAAAUUUUGGAUUGUACAUUACGAAAAAGAACUUACUGUAUUCCAUAAAUUUAUAAAUAAGUUUUACAAUGAAAGAGGUGAGGAUUAUCGCAUGCCAAAAGAAGUUAUUAAAAGAAACAGAUAUUGUACUGUAUGUACUGAUGGAGCUUAUUAUAGAGGAGUAAUUGUAAAUAUACCAAGCUUCACAGAUGUAGAACUAAAAGUUGUAGUAUUUUUAUUCGAUUUUGGAUUUACUACUACAGUCUCCCUAGAAGAUGUGUUUUACCUCUAUGAAAAAUUGUACAAGAUACCAAGAUUUGCUAUAAGAGCAUGUUUAACAGGAAUAGAACCUAUCGAUUCGGAUACAUGGACUAGUAAAGCUGUGGAAAAAUUUAAUGAGCUGACUAUAGGAAAAGUUUUACUUUGUGUGCUAGAAAGUAGGGAUGUCCAAAUGAGGAUCGCUUAUAUUAGAGUAGGAGAGGUGACACCUUAUAAUGAGAUUAAAGAACUCAGUAACAUUCUCUUGGAAGAAAAAUUAGCCAAAGUGUCAUCAGGAAGGAGACAUAAAAUUAAGAAAUCUAAAGGGAAAUUAAUUUCAACAGUAAGAUAUCCUUUCCUUUUUCCCUCACACCAAGCAUUAGAAAGUGGCCUAAUGCCUUCUACAAGUUUUGUAGCAGAUAUGAUAAAAGAGUGCCCAAUACCUGCUUCUAUAUUAUACAGACCCUAUUUCAAAUAUCAAUCUCCUUAGCAGAUACCUAGUUUUUUAUACUAAUUUUAGACCAUUGAGUUUUGAUUUAAAUAGCCCAUUCUUGUCUUAUUAGGCAUUCCAAACAAAAUGGUCGCCUGAUGUCUGAGUUUAUUGACGCACAAACCCCAAUUUUACCAAUGAUAUUAUAUAGACUGAUCAUCCAUGUUUUUUAAAAUACCUAAUACCUUAUAAGUAAAAAUUAGGUAAUUAUUUUUUUAAUAUGUUCAAAAGCUAAAAUUUGGUUUUAAAACAGGAUGUAACACAAAUAUGUACAGUUAAUUUAACCGCAGUUUUUGAGUUGGAAAAAUAAAUCAAUUUAAGUUAACUUGCUUAUAUAAAAAAUGGAUAGUGUGAUAGAAAUUUUUGCUCUUGCUCUAAAAUCGUUUGAGACAUUUUUAUGAAAAUGUACAUGGGAUGUUAGUACACAGUAACCAAUAAAAUUGUUUUAAUUCUAUAGGUUUUUAGAAGGGUUCUACACCCUUUUUUGACUAGGCAUGUACGUGAAUUCCGACGGUACCACUAAAUUUGGCCUAUCGACCGAAACGUAGUUCCGGCCGGAUUACAAUUGCGAUCCGGACAGAAUUUAUGAAAAUUUUAAAAUGGAUCAAUAAAACCAAUCAAAAAUAAAUGUCGAAAAGCAAUUGAAUGCGAUAUAUUAACAGGUCAAAACAGAACCAUACCAGUUAAUGAUAAAUCUCAUUUAUGCUGUUCAAUACGACUUAUUAACACCAGAAAAAGCACUAUGGAUUAAACAACCGAUGUUCCAAAUUAAAUGCAGAUGUCUGAGAUUUUAUAGAUAUUGUUAAAAGUUGUGAAAAAUUUAUUACAAGACAUUCAUUCAAUAUAAACGAGGCAUAUGCAUUAAAUGACAUUAGUUAUGUCUCUAAUGA